UCUGUCAAAACACUUGAAUUCCAAUACCAUCAUCCAGUGUGUUUGAGCCCUUGUCAGUUUGAUCCAUCUGCAGGUAUAAUGCUACUCUCUAAUCUGUCAUGCAAAAAAAUCACUGAGGAGUACCCAAGACAGACUCCCAAACAAAUUUUCUCAAAUUUUGUUCCUGUGUGAUGUUGAUAACUACAUUCUAAAUAUUCUCUUCGAAACAGUACCAACUUCUAGUGCAAUUUCAUCUGAACCAAUUGUCCUUAAUUUUUUUUAUGACAACAUAAUGAGAUUUGGAUCUCUACCUGUUGCCUACGGCUUCUCAAAUGUAAUUUCUUUUUAGUUUCUCUUUAAUUUCUGCUGGCUCUGAGAGUGGCUAAUCUGAGGCUACCUCCCUAAGUACUGAUUUUUAAUCUAGUUGUUUUGAAAACCCUGAACUUAUUUUAAAAGUCCCAACCUAUUAUUUUGCAUUCCAUCCUAAAUUCUUUUCCAUUUGUCACUGAUGUAUUGGCUCCCUGGUGACAAUUAACAUGAGUAGUAAAGAAGAGCAAGAAGAAAAAAUAAAUACUUUGGUCUUUUCAGCAUCACUUGUUGUAGGGUUUUUGUGUCUGCUUGGUAGACCAAAUUUUUCCUAGCUCCUCCUGUUCUAAUGUCUGUACAGGGUGUUUCUCUGUACAGCAUCUGAAGACACGUGUCAGGGCACAUGUGGUAGCAGGGAUUUUUGACUGUGUGGGACCCCUGUAGGAAGCAAAUCUCUAUGCUGGGAGGUAAGAUAGAAGUUUAGAUGCAAGAGUAAAGAUGAACAGAUGCUUAAAGGAACUGUGCAAUUUCAGCACGCUUCUGUUCGGUGUUUUUUAAUGGCAAAGGGUCUGUGUUUGUGCAUUGUCAUUUUAGCACAAUGUUACUGGUCUACAUAAUGGAGCUUAUGUACUUAGUGAAAUAAAUCUGUUUCCAGUGCGACCUUUCAGCUACGUAGACUAUGACCGUAAAUGCAAAACAGCAAGAAUAAUAUUAAGUGAUUAACUGGUCCAAGAAUGUGCAGUGAAUAAUACUAGUUUUUCUCUGGACUUGAAAAUACAGCUAACAGAAUGAAUGUGAUGGUGAGUGGUUGUCAUUUUGAGUAACUAGAGCUCGACCCAUAAACUUAUUUAGUUCAAGCUCUUGAAAGAACAGCCUCAGUGCUUUUAAUCUUUCAUUAGGGCAAGGUUCUUGCUAUUCUUUUAGUAAGAAAAAUACAAUGAGAGUGACUGCAUGAAUCAGUGAAAUUAUUUUAAAAUGCCAGGUUCACAGAGAACAUUUCAGCUAACAGUGGUAUUUGUCGAACAUGUCUCAACUCUUUGGUUUUCACUUCAGAAUUUCCUAAACUUUACUGGAAAAAGGGUCCUGAAUCAGGACCAGCUCAGUAAAAUUUUAGAUAAGUGGCACAGAGUUCCCAUUGCUCUGACAUCAGGCUGUGUAUUUCCAGGGGAUUAUAGCAGUUCAUGUGUGGAUGAAAUUAAUUACUGGAGUUGUUAGCCUCACAUAAGCAAAUCAUCUCAUCUUGCCAAACUUUCAUUGCAGCUACUCAAACUAUUCACGGCAGGAUUCCUAUUAUUUUGUUUCAUUAUCCUUUAUUUACUAAUAAAGCUGUUUUACAUGCUGAUUCAUAUCUGUAAGCAAUUUAGUGUGUCAUCAUGCUCCUAUUCGUUGCUUUCAUUAAUGAGAUGAGAAAGCAGUGUCAAACAGAGUGGGGGUUGUUUAAAUUAAAUCCCAAGAGUAAACAAAGUUCUGAUAAAGAAAUUUUAGGGUUUUUAUGAGAAGGGCUGCAAUGGGGUCUUGCACUUGGGGAUUAAAUGGAUUUUUGUAUUUGCUUGGAAAAAAGACUAUGAUAUAUAGGUGAUGAUUAGGGCUGCACCCUUAGCUUCCCACGGCUACUUAUAUUUGAGUGAAAAGACUGGUGACUCUGGCACAAGCUGGAAGUAACCUGGAAGUAUUGCUCACUGGAUCCAUAGUUUUCCCUGUUCUGUAGAUGAAGAGAGAGAAUGCAUAUUGGACUACCUCACUUUUGACCUUGCUGUCAGCAUCAGCUACAGCUGCACAUAUUAUGGCUGGAGAGCAGGGUAUUGUGGGACAUAGACCUGGCCCUUGUGGUUUAUACUGUUCAAUUUAAGGCCAGUGAUUAAUUAGGUUAUUGCAUCUGUAGCUGGAGUUGCAUGUGUAACCAAGGUUUAUGUUGCUGUAGCAACAGAGAGAGACACAAUUGUGCUGAAUUUCCUAGAUCUUUGAAGUAGGGGUUCUACAAAUCCAAAAUGGGGUUGAGAGUUGCCAUCAGUGCAUGAAGAGUAUCAUUAAGAGAGGCCCUCAUUAGUAGACUGAAAUCUUGCAUAUCUGACUCUCAAACUGAGUUGAGUAAAUUCCUGCUGAUCAUAAAAGAGUUAGAGAAAAUGGGCAGUUGCAGGAGGGAAGACAAGUAAAAGCCCAUGGCUCCAGAUCAAUUAAUUUGAAGACAAGCAGGAGCAAGGCAGGAUUUGAUGACUACUGGGAAAAUCACAGGGCACUUCUGAGAGACCAUUGAAAAAAAAAUUUAGAAUAUGUUCUGGGUAUUUUGACUGGCCUGGAAACAGACAAUGAGAAGCAGAACGUAGGUCAGGUCAAGACUUCACAAUAUUAUACAUCAAAUGAAAACAGUAGUGGUACCAUAGCACAUGCUAAGAUAGAGAGAGGAAGACAUUAAAAUCUUAGGUGUUUGGGAGGAGCAACUUGAGGUGGAUGAGGAGGGCUGCAAGGGACUCAGAAGAACUACAGGAAGAUGUGGAAAGCUUUGGGGUAGGCUGUGGCAGAGUCAGGGUUUUGGACUGAACACUGCCUCCUGCACUUCAGUGUUAGGGCACCCCUUGCGUUCAGGAGCCAACAACUGUUUUGUCCGUUGAAGGAUAAAGUAUUUAAUACAUACAGUCAAAACUGCAAGUCAGACACAUUAAAAAACUAAACAAAACAAAUUCUGGAAUGCCCUCCACCCCACCCCCACCUCCUCAAAAAUAAUUCUGACAUUUAAAAAUGUUUUAAACAGGAAUUCUUAAUUUUUGGUUGUUGUCAUUUCAAGAUCACAUAUUUAAAUGUGUUUACUGCUUUGGCAGUGAUAGAAAAUGUCUAAGCAACACGACAUUCCAUAUCCUUGAAAAGUUAAUUAUCUAAAAGGUUUCAAAAUGUUAAUGGAAAAGGAAGAAAUUAGGUUCCUUUGGAGUCUCCUUUGGAGAUACUUAGUGAGAUAAGUAGCUAUGAAAAUAUAUGAUACCAUAUGUUUGUACAAUUCUUUUUGCCCCCUGGAAAGCUAUUAGAUUUCAGUUUAUUUUUCACUUUGCCUUUUUUUUUUUUUUUUUUUUUUUAAUAGAAAUAAGCAGCAAUGUAGGAAAAGAGUCACUUAGUUACUUUCAAACAGUUUUGUUCGUAUCCCACAGUCACAUGUGGUGGACUGGUGGUUCAAUUCCCUGCAAGUUCAACAGAAAUGACACUACAACUUUCAUCCAGUUUUCUCACUUUAUAGAUCAGCUGCAACAGGGGCCUCUUGUACACUCAUGAAUGAACCUCGAUGACCAGAAAGCACUGAAAGGGAAGAGAAUCCCCCUUUAUAUUUGUUAUCCAAACCACUUGUUUGCAGGAGUCUUACAUUGCUUCAGCUGCAUCCACAUUUUGGGGUCUUGUCAAGACUUGCUGCAGAAUGAAUGAACAGCUGGGCACCAGUUUACUGCACUCUCCUUACUCUGCAUCAAGUCUCUGUGUGAACCCUUUGACAGGAGCAUAAGCUAAAGCACAAGAAAAGAGGAACUGAACACAGGGACAGCGUGUCCAUAAUUACUACCUUCUGCUCUUUACUGGCUUAUCAAGAAGUUUCCAGGUUACUUAAAUGAGAACUGGAGCAGAUGGCUAAAGCAGUGGGAUUUCUGGACAUUCUGGAUUUUCAUUACCUCCUUUGCAAAGCAGACUUUGCAAUUAUCCCGGAAGUUACAAUACAGAAGUUGGAUGAACUGAACAUUUUCUACAAUUUGUGUGUAGCAGAGACACUGUCUGGUACUUUGAAUACAAAAAAAAUUGUCAUGGUUGUUUUUGUUUAUAAAGAGAAAUAAGGAUAUUGAGUUUGGUUUAUAAGCUUUUUUAGUUCUAGGUUUCUGAUGCUUUUAGUGGCUUUAGACUUGUGUGAAACUGGUACAGCUGCAAGCCAGAUCAGACUCCACAGUUUUCUUGCCUUUCAUAAACAUUUGGAAUUUUUCAGCCUGGAAAAGAGAAGGCUCCAGGGAAACCUUACAGCGGCCUUCCAGUACCUGUAGUGGACCUACAGGAAAGCUGGGGAGGGACUUUUUACAAGGGCUUGUAGUAAGAGGACAAGGGGUAAUGGCUUUAAAUUGGAAGAGGGGAGAUUUAGGUUAGACAUUAGGAAGAAGUUCUUCACUAUGAGCGUGGCGAGACACUGGAACUAGUUGCACAGGGAAACUAUGGAUGCCCCUUCCCUGGAAGUUUUCCAGGACAGGCUGGAUGGGGCUUUGAGCAACCUGGUCUAGUGGGAGGUGUCCCUGCCCAUGGCAGAAGGGUUGGAGCUAGAUAAUAUGGAAGGCCCUUUCCAAUCCAAACGAUUCCAUGGUUCUAUGACUGAGAUUAAGUGGUUUAUCGUUAGGACGUUUAUCUGCUGUACUACAAAGUAAAACCUGAUAGUGUUAUGGAUUUUGACUGGAAAAUCAAAUUGGCAAGUCUGAUUUCAUCAUAUGACUUAAUUAUACACAAAAUAUAGCAGGAAUAGAAAUUGUAAUGAAAUGAUAAAUUAUAUAAUUGAUAGUUUAGUACACUACUGUUAUUCUAAGAUUAUAACCAGAAUAUUAUCUUGACAGUGUUUAUUAAGCAUAUCUAAAAAUAAUAACCUCUAAUGCAUUCUUGUAAUACAUGAUGUCUCUAGCAUGUCCCACAUAGCAGGAGACUCAGCAUCUGUCCUGGUGAGUGAGAAAGUUAAAGGAAAAACUUAAUGGUCUUGUGAUGCAGUAGGAAACUAAAUUAAAUUUCAGUCUGCAUUGGAAUUAAAUAAAGACAUUUUAGGGAAAGUAUAAUAGAACAUUGUAUCCAUGGGAAAAUUCUUACUAUCUUCUAAGUCAAGUCUAAGUUGGUGUUUGUGUUUAUUUAAAGUUUUCAAAUUAACCUUCAGUUCAUACAGCUACUUCUGUAGUUGGUAUAAACUGGAAUUUCUGUAAGAUUUGAAAUUCAUUAUGAGUGACUGAAACCAUAAAACUUUUAAACUUCCCCCCCCCGAGAACUGCGAAGAUUGAACAAAAUGCUUCAAGUGGAAAGAUAAAAACACUUGGACACACUGAACCACACAGUAACCAAACAUGAAAUAUUAACUUGAUCAAAGAGCAUGUCAGAUGGCAAAAUGAUUGUUAGUCUUUGGAAUUUCUACUUAUAAACAGAGGAUUUCUAGGCACUUAAACAACAAAACAGGGUAUGUUUUGAGGCAGAGAAGAAUGAAACACUUAAUUUGUUUUAUUUUUAAAGGUCAAAUAAAAAAAAAGAAUGGGCUUUUGUUUCUAAAGAAUAAUAAUUUGAAAUUACUGCAAGUAACCCAUCCUGUUGGACAACGUAACUUGGAAUGACAUUCUGAGAAAUGUUCUGACUGAGUAACUUCUGCCACAUGUAAUAUCAUUUCAAGUUUGUGUUUCAAUACUGUCUGCUUCUGCUGUUCAGUCUGUUAUCAUUUUUCACUCUUUAAGAUGACACUUUAAAAUGUGUCUACUAGGAAUUUACUAUAGUGUUACUGAAUUUUAUGUGUAUAUAUAUGUGUGUAUACAUAUGUGUGUGUGCGUGUGUAUAUUCGGCUCACUAAAAGUGAGCUAAUGCAUCAUAAAAGAAGAUUGUGGAUCAUGCCAGAAAAAAGGGAAGUGAAGGUUAUGAAACCAUUAAACAUAAGAGUGUUGAAGACAAAUAUUCAUAGAUACUACAGUCAGAAUAGACUGUGACAAUUGUGACAAUUUUGUCUAACCAUUUACAUAGCCAAGUACUUAAAUCCAGUGAAACAGAACAAGUACUAGAUACUAUUCCUGUAGACACUCACACACACUUAACUUGAAGUAAAUAAUUUUUAUUUUGCAGUCACUAGGAUUAAGUCCCAAUUUCUUAAUUAAAAAUUGUGCUUGUAGGACGGGUGUUUUGAAUACCUCACAUUAUUUAUUAUUAUAUGCGAUAUUGGAAUUUAAAUCUUUUCUCAUUAUAACUUACUUCAGCAGCAAAGAUGAGAGUAACAAACAUGUUGUUUGUUGUUUUUUAUUUUUUAUUUAAAAAUGUGUAUUAUUUGAAAAUCAAGGAAAGCAGCAGAAGAAGUUGUGUGUUUAAAGUAUUUGCCUCUGACAUUUUCAAAUGCAGCAAAAAGAGUCACUUUCAUAAUUUCAUCUUGAUAAUAUAUUGCUUAGUUUCUUGGAAGACAUUUGCCUACCUGCUCACCAUUCUGCAUUCCUUCUGAAUAAAGGCUCCAUUUUGCACCGGAUAAGCCUUGACCAUGUUGGUGAACUUACUUAGGAAUGUGCAUAUUAUUGAAUAGGCACACGAGGUUAUAUAAUCCUCUUCAGGCAAGAUGAUACAUUCAAAGUUUUUCUCUACUUUUGUAAAAUAAGAUCAGAUCCUUUGAAUAAAGAACAUUUUAUAAGUAUGAUGACUGUUGGACAGGUGUGAUGAUUCUAUUAAUGUAAAUUAAAUUCCUAAAUUAUGUAUGUCUAUAAAGUGUAAAGUCCAUGCUACAACAGUUUGUGUUUUGCUGUACAAAAUCUUUUUUCGUUACAUUUUCAGGAUGGAACAUGAGGCUACCCAGUUAGAAAAACAGCAUGUGCAUAGUGUAUAUGAAAGCACAGCUGCCUACUUCAGUGAUCUGCAGAGCAAAGCAUGGCCUCGUGUUCGAAACUUUCUGCUGGAACAAAAGCCUGGCAGUCUUGUUGCUGACAUAGGUUGUGGAACUGGAAAGUAUCUCAGUGUCAACAGUCAGGUGUAUAAUCUUGGCUGUGAUUACUGUGGACCUUUGGUAGAGAUUGCAAGGAAGAAAGAUGAUGAAGUUCUGGUAUGUGACAACCUUAACCUUCCCUUUAGGGACCAGUGCUUCAAUGCAGUCAUUUCAAUUGGAGUGAUCCAUCAUUUCUCGACUAAACAAAGAAGAAUCAAGGCAAUAAAAGAAAUGGCGAGGGUAUUGAUACCUGGAGGCCAGAUGAUGAUUUAUGUUUGGGCUAUGGAACAAAAGAAUCGUCGCUUUGAGAAACAAGAUGUAUUUGUUCCUUGGAACAAGGCCUUGUGCUCACAGCGUUUUUCAGAAUCAAAUCAGUCUGGAGAUAAGGGUGAGUUUGUGCACACUGUGAAAAGCCGAGACAUAGACCCAGCACAGCUAGUCAUCUCUGAUUGCAGCUACCAAACCAAUCUGCAGCCAGAAACUGAUUCAAAACAUUCCCACAAUAUGGACCACUGCUUGUCCAGAGCCUGCUGUGUGAAAAUUUCGGAGGAAGAAAACAGAUUUUACAGUGCUUUAGGAAAAUCUUUCCGAUCGUGGUUUUUCUCCAGAUCACUUGAUGAAUCAGCCCUGAGAAAGCAAACUGAGAAAAUGAAGCCUCUGAAGAAUGAAGAAUGGGCAAACAGUACUGUACCUGUUCAACAUUCACGACACUGCAGUUUGGAUUUAGGUCACCAUCGAGCACUGUUAAAAGAACAAAGUUUAGAUGAUGAUGAUGUGUUCGUGGAAAGUCUGCCUCUCAAGAAACCACAGUGGUCACCAGCCACAGAUGCACUGAAGGAUUUAAGUUUACAUGGAGGACAGCAAAGUGUAGCUCAGAGCGAGAGGGAAGAAGCCUCAUUUAUAAAUGGCCCAGUGGAAGACAGAGACUACAGCUGCAGUUGUAAUAAUGAUGGUCCUGGUAAGUCUAAUGCCAGCAAGUUUUUCAAAAGGACUUCAACAGCUGACUCUUCUGACUCUGCUUUGGAUUCAGCAGUGUCUGUUGGGGACCAAACUAAUGCCACGUUGGAUACAAAAGCCUUCAUGCGUUACUAUCAUGUUUUUCGGGAAGGGGAGCUGUGCUCCCUGAUAGAAGAGAAUGUGCCUGAGCUUCAGAUACUUUCUUCCUGUUAUGACCAUGGAAACUGGUGCAUUAUUGCAGAGAAAAGAGGAACAUAGCUGUAAAGAGAACAAAGCAGAAUUUACUGACUGAGGAUUUUAAGCUGCUCCUUGUGUUCCUGUGAUUGUGCAGUGUGGUAUGGAAUUCAAAUCUUAUGCAGUUGUGUGCCAUUCAUCUCUGAGUUAUUAACUCUCUACUUAUUUCGCUAUCUAAUGAAAGGUCUGUAUAAAGGAAUAUAAGUGUUAAACAAUAUUUAUGUUUUGUUAAACUUUUAUGAAGUUAAAACUGAAGAGUUUUAUAUUGCUUAUAGCAAAUAAUGGUGUUUUUAAAAUAUACUAUUUUAUUGGAAAAUAAAACCUUUUUAUAAGACAA